CUGCCGCGGCCGCCGCCGCCGCAGUCCUCAGCUUGUCGGGGACAGGAAACCUUCGAGACCGAGCUGCCACUGCCGCCUCCCCGUCCGCCCCCCAUUCCGCGCGCCUGCCACACCCUCCCCCCCUUCUUCCAGCAUCUUUCGGUGGAGCACUGCAGGGACUCGGCCCGAGGUGCCGUCUCCCCCUCUCGGGGGAAAGCUGUGACCCCCCCCGCAGGAGCGGCGGGGCGGGGUUGGGGGGCCCGGGAGAAGAUGGCGACGCCGGGAAGCGAACCCCAACCUUUCGUGCCUGCCCUCUCAGUGGCUACUCUGCACCCACAUCAUCAUCCCCACCACCACCACCACGGAGGAACCGGGGCCGGCGGCGGGGCUGGGGGAGGCGGCGGCGGCGGCGGCGGCGGCAGCGGGGGCUUCAACCUGCCCUUGAACCGGGGGCUGGAGCGCGCGCUGGAGGAAGCGGCCAACUCCGGGGGGUUGAACCUCAGCGCCAGGAAACUGAAGGAAUUUCCCAGGACCGCGGCCCCCGGGCACGACCUUUCGGACACGGUGCAGGCAGAUUUAUCUAAAAAUAGACUGGUUGAAGUCCCAAUGGAAUUGUGCCAUUUUGUAUCACUGGAAAUUCUUAAUCUGUAUCAUAAUUGUAUCAGAGUCAUUCCUGAGGCCAUCAUUAAUCUGCAGAUGCUGACUUACUUAAACUUGAGUAGAAAUCAGCUGUCCGCCCUGCCUGCCUGCCUGUGUGGUCUGCCUCUCAAAGUCUUAAUUGCAAGUAACAACAAACUUGGAUCGCUGCCAGAAGAGAUAGGGCAGCUCAAACAGUUAAUGGAGUUGGAUGUCAGCUGCAACGAGAUCACAGCCUUGCCCCAGCAGAUAGGUCAGCUGAAAUCUCUCCGAGAACUGAAUGUCAGAAGAAAUUACCUUAAAGUUUUACCACAAGAGCUAGUAGAUCUUCCCCUGGUAAAGUUUGACUUUUCCUGCAAUAAAGUGCUCGUGAUUCCCAUUUGUUUUAGAGAGAUGAAGCAGCUGCAAGUAUUACUGCUUGAGAAUAACCCUCUGCAGUCUCCUCCAGCACAGAUUUGCACCAAGGGCAAAGUGCACAUAUUCAAGUAUCUGAGCAUACAAGCAUGCCAGAUUAAGACAACUGACUCCCUUUACCUCCACACGAUGGAGAGGCCACAUUUACAGCAGCACGUGGAAGACGGCAAGAAGGAUUCUGAUUCGGGCGUUGGAAGUGAUAAUGGAGACAAGCGAUUGUCUGCCACAGAGCCUUCUGAUGAAGACACUGUUAGUCUCAACGUGCCAAUGUCAAACAUCAUGGAAGAAGAACAGAUCAUCAAGGAGGACCCGUGCCAUCGCCUCAGCCCAGUUAAAGGGGAAUUUCAUCAGGAAUUUCAACCGGACCCUUCCCUUUUGGGUGACAAUGACAACUCAGGAGAAGAAAGAGACCAAUUUACUGAUGGAACAGAUGUUCUCCAUCCGGAAUUUAUAAACUAUAUUAAGGGUAGGGCAGAAGACUGUGAAGAACUGUUACGGAUAGAAGAGGACGCGCACUGGCCACCUGAGGGAAUAAUAAGUUCAUCCAAAGACCAGGACAUGGAUAUAGCGAUGAUUGAACAGCUGAGAGAAGCUGUAGAUUUGCUGCAAGAUCCCAACAGAUUAAGCACAGAUGUUACACAGAGAAGUGUUGUAAACUUUUAUCCUGUGGAAUCAGCAGAAGCCUUAGAAUUACAAGAUUCUGCACUAAAUGGUCAAAUACAGCUGGAAGCAUCUCCGGUGAGUGAGGUGCAAAAUGAUCUAACAUUACAGAGUAAUGGGAGCGAGUAUUCUCCAAAUGAGAUUAGAGAGAACUCCCCUGCAAUCUCUCCCACCACCAACAGCACAGCUCCGUUUGGCCUGAAGCCUCGAUCAGUGUUUCUAAGACCUCAGAGAAAUUUGGAAUCUAUAGACCCACAGUUUACAAUUCGGAGGAAAAUGGAACAGAUGAGAGAAGAGAAAGAGCUGGUGGAGCAACUCCGUGAGAGCAUCGAGAUGAGACUCAAGGUGAGCCUGCACGAAGACCUGGGGGCUGCGCUCAUGGAUGGCGUCGUCCUCUGCCAUCUGGUCAAUCACAUCCGCCCUCGAUCCGUCGCAAGCAUCCAUGUCCCUUCACCAGCAGUUCCCAAACUUAGCAUGGCCAAAUGCAGAAGAAAUGUGGAAAAUUUUUUGGAAGCAUGCCGAAAAUUAGGAGUACCACAGGACAAGCUGUGUCUACCCCAUCACAUCCUUGAAGAGAAGGGCCUGGUCAAAGUGGGCAUUACUGUUCAAGCGUUGCUAGACAUAACUGUAACAAAGGCUCUGUUCACAUGAAACCAGCUCCUCUCCUUUGGGUCAGCUCGAACUCUUCUCCCGUCAGAGAUCCUGAACUCUGCUCUCCGCACCUGUCCCCUCCAGCCUCCCACUCACUGCCUGUCAGUUCCCCGACUCUAGUUGAACUGAAGAGAGGACAUAAGAGAUUUUCUACCUUUCAAAACUGACUUCUGACGUUAAGUGACAGGUAUUGAUCUUAAAACCAGUGAGGGAGCUGGUUAUGAAGAACUGAACAGCACAUCAAUGCCUUGUACAACCUCCCUCAUCCCUUCCACGCUCACCCACUGCCAUUACCAAACACCAAGCACAACUGUUUUGCAGCAAGAUGCAUUUGUUUUAUUAAAACCAAACUCAUUGUGUAUUUAGUGGGGGGAGGGGGACUCAAUCAGGUUUUUCACCACCAAAUUUUUCAAGAAGUUUCUUGAGACCAUUGCCUUUUAAAAAACUAUUUUCGACAUACAAAAUAUUUAUAUAAAUAUUAUUUAUUAGUGAGUUGUUAUUCAUCCUUUGGAUGCAAAUUGUAAAUUAGGAAACUAUUUUAUUACUGCUUUUUUGUGGUUAAACACUUUAUUUUAAUAUUAUAAAUAUUGAGUUAUUUUCUAUCCUCUUUGGUGUGCAAGUAGUUCUAGGUCUCAGUAAUCACAUUUUCUGGUGUAUAUGACUCAGAAAAAAAAAUUUAAGCAAAAAACAGGUGCUUCUGUGACAAGAACUGUUUUCUGGGGAGGUGUUAUUUACACUUUGGUUUAUGGGACAUUGGUCUUAUUUAUAUUUCUGCAUUCCAUCCAGUUUCCUACAUUCCAUCAGCCCUGUUGUCCUCUGAUAUAAUGAACUGACUGAAUUCAAGUGAGCACCCCAAAGUUAUUUGUAAAUAGUUGUGAUGGAAAAAAAAAGACAUAUUAAACUUGAAGAUAAAAUGUGAACUAUUAUUUUUUUGGAUUCAUACUUAUUUUGCUAUGCACAAAACAUUCACAUUUUAACACGAAGAGUAAUAAGUGUUAGCAUCAUGUGUCUUGAAGUAUAAUUUUGCACUGUGACUUGGGUAAUUAAAGAAAGUCUAGCACCAAAGGUAGAUAAUAAGGAAAUGGUAUAGGAAAGUGGAGAUGAUAUAAAGUUUGUUGUUUAACCAAAAAGUUUUUUAAGGGCAGCUCUGACUGAGAGUGAUCAAGAAUUACUUAAGGCACAUAGGACCUGGAUCAGGAAACCAGCCCUUUCUGCAACUGCCAUGUUUUAAAGAGGAAACGAUGCUGAGCUGCAGAUGUGCUCAUUUUAUUGUAAUUUAGUUGGUGGCUUUCCAUGUGGUCCAUAAAACACCGCAAGAUUCAUGGUCUCUGGUGUGAAACCGCAGAAGUGAGUCCGUAAAUUGGUGGGGCAGCUGCAUGCAACACCAAGGUGGGCUCAGGAGAAGGUUAAGUAAGUGUUGUUUGUGAGGCUGAGCGGCUUAGGAGGGAGCAAGUUCAAACAAAAUAAUGACUAGAGAAGAGCCAGCGAAGGAAAGGGACCCGAGAUGGUCUGAGAGAUUCACAUAAGGCUUCACAGACACGACACCCUGUUUUCGGCGGGUGCAUGUGUGCCCAUCUGCCCUGCUCUCACAGAUAUCCCGGUCACUCAUCUUUCAAAGUCGCGUGGAUGCUGACUGCAUCUUCACCUCUGUGAAAAGCCAUUAUAAGUUUUCAGAACAGCAGCAGCCACAAUUUGUAAGACAAACAUAAAGGUGAACACAAAAGGAAAAACACCAGGAGGACGGUAUACAUUAAACACAGACUAACACCAGCCAAUGCCAAGGCUGCCCCCCACUCUGGGCAGGAUGGAGGGGUUGCCGAAAAUGGUCAUUUGGAUUGGCAGCUAGCAGUUAUUUUCUAUCAAAUGUACUGUGCACUUUAACCUAACUUAAAAUAUAUUUUAAUAUUUUCCUGUACUGCACAAAUACCUGUUUUGUCAAGUAGCAUAAUGAUGUAAAGAAGAAAGACAUUUUGAACAAAGAGCGUAUUCAAUGUAAGCAACAUGCAGAGGUUGAUUAUGGAAAUAGGAAUUUAGAUUGCUGCCCCUUGAUGGGCACUCAGAAUGCAGGGUCCUGAAAUAUUUUUUUACAUGUAUAUAUGGCAACAUGAAGCUCUGUAAUCCUUGUUUUGAGAGAUUUUUUUUUUCAAAAUUAAAAUAUUUCUUUUGA